UCAGUGCGUAGCCCGACUCAGGUGGAAUUAAAAUCCGGAAGUGAGCGAUGCUCCUCGUCCUAAAGAUGGUCGUCUCUCCACCUUAACGCCACAUAAACAGUAAAAAAAAAAAAACGAUCGAUAGUGACGUGGUCACAGCGACCAGAUGAAACGUCUGUUUUUUUGUGGCCUGUGGCGGUAACUAACGAGCGGCCCGUGAAGGCGGAGAUGAUGCCUCUCUACGGAGCCUACGGAGGCUCCUACACGGAUAAUCUCAUCGGAACAUUGCUUUCUAUUUUUGGAAAUGUGCUGGUCAGCAUCUCUCUAAGUAUUCAGAAAUACAGCCAUGUGAAGUCGGUAGGAGCUAAGGACGUGCGUGUCUUCUACCACACCAAAACCUACUGGAGUGGUUUUGUGCUGAUAUGUCUUGGGGAGGGAGCCAACUUUGUUUCUUAUGCCUUCGCCCCCCUCGCUCUCAUCACAACUCUAAACGCUGUGUCGGUCCUGACCAGCUCAAUUUUGGGUCUUAUUUUUCUGCGUGAGAAAUUGAAGCCAAAAGACUUUGCAAAGCGCUAUGGGCUGUCGUUCCUGGGCUCCAUUCUGAUUAUUGGUGGAACAUUCCUUUUUGUAGUUUUUGGACCAAACUCUCAUGAAAAACUCAAAGCAGAGAACAUAGUGACACACCUUGUAGGGUGGCCUGUUCUACUGUAUCUGCUCCUGGAAAUCAUCACGUUCUGCCUGCUUUUGUACUUCUACAAACGGCGCAAUGCGAACUACCUCGUUGUUAUUCUGAUGCUGGUGGCGCUUCUGAACUCCGUCACAGUCAUCACAGUGAAGGCGGCGUCGGGCAUGUUGGUUCUCAGCAUUGAGGGCAGCAUGCAGCUCGACUACCCGAUCUUCAGCGUCAUGUUUGUGUGCAUGGUGGCUUCAGUGGUCUUCCAGGCCAGAUUCCUCUCCCAAGCCUGUAAUCUGUAUGACUCCUCUCUGAUAGCCGGUGUGAACUACAUCUUCUCCACUGUCAGUGCUGUGGUUGCUGGUGCUGUGUUUUACUUAGAGUUCAAGAAUGAAGACAUCCUUCACAUCUGCAUGUUUUUGUUGGGAUCGGCUUUCUGUUUCCUCGGGGUUUUUCUCAUCAGCAAAAACAGGAAGAGGACCAAGACGUUUGAGCCUUAUGUCACUAUGGAUAUGGUUAAUGGUGUCCCAACUAUCCAUGACAGGGGCCUCUUUGUUCAGCCAGACUCCAACGGUUCUUUCUCCUACGGGGCCCUGGUCAACAACGACGGAGCGGCUCCUGUUACUCUACCAGUUGACCUGGAGCAGCCACCAGUCGCCUCAAUGCGCACCCAGGCACCUUCUGGCCGCCCUGACCUGAAAGAAGAUUGAAUCUAAAUGGUUAGAUUUGUUUCCUCCUUUGAUCUGUAAACAAAAUUGAAGGACUUUUCUAAAAGAUCAAGAUGGGUUUAGUUCUUUUCACAAUUGUACAACCUCCAGCACAAAAGGGGAGUCCACUGGGGGUUCUACUUUGCGUACACUCCUCUCCCACCUGCUUUCUUUUUUUAAAUCUCCAAACCAAAACGGGACCACAAGAAGCGUUCCAUUAUUUGACAAGAUGUCACCUGUAUUUAUUCCAAAGCUGAACUGCUGGAUGUUGUAGUGGAUUCGCAAUGAUUUGUCAGCAGAGAUGAUGUUGUGCCUUAGAGCUUCCUCUACUUCUCACUUCCGUAACUCUUAAGCAAUUUAUUGCUCAUUAUUAGGUACAAUUACGGAUCUGUUCUUCCAUUGAGGAUUGUGAAGAUUCUCCUCAAAUCUUCUCACAGAUAUAGAAUUUUGCUCUAGACUUGCCAAUGAACAUUGUGGCUUUAAAUAUCUGCCUCUAACUUUUUCUUAUGUGAGCGGGAUUUACUCCACAAUUAUGUUACUACUUUUCCUGAUGUGACCAAACAUGGAUGCAAAUCUUGUAAUUUAUUGAAAUGUAUUUAUUAAUUUUCAAGUUAGCUUUUAGUGUGCCUUAAAAAGUAGCUUUGCACUGGACAAAUUAUUGUAAGGUGGUACAUUGUAGCAACUUUAAUAUCGCAGUACCUUUUGGAAUAACAACCUAAAAUGUUUGAAAAGUAAGGUGAUAGUAGCGCUUUGAAUGACUCCCCACAGAAGGAAGUGAAUAGUGCAUGCAUCUUCAAAUAACUGAUCAGUAGAAGAUGUGUCUAAAUUUAGUUUCUGGCCAAAAUAGUUUGUUCCCUUUUUAACCUGAUGCCUUUGAAGUUUCUGAAGAAAUGUAUGAUGUUUAGUACGGGUUUAAUGAUUAAAUUUGAUUGUAAAUUAAAAUGGAUGUAUGCUUUAGAGUCACUCUCCAGGUACACAUGUAUCAGUAAAUUAUUACAGUAUUAAUAAAGCACAGAUCAUUUCCUCA